CAAGGUGAGUACUCGCGGUAUAUGAUGCUGCAUACAGCGAGACUGCACACGACUGUUGACUUUUCAGGCCGCAUGCGUCGUGUCGUGACAUCGAAGACAGUAAGCAUGAUCUCGCGCUCAAAUGAGAAUGACAUGUUCAUCGUCGUGCUCGGUAUGCAUUCCCUUCUACGGCUUCUCGUUGCGAGAUUGCUCGCAGAAUUCACAGGCCAGUGUCUCGCUGACGCCCGAUAGCAGGAGACUUCCGUCAGAUUGCUGUCACGGGGCGCUAUGCUCGUGAAGUCAAAUGGCAAUACGCGCUCUUCUGGGAACGUGCUUGGUGCGUGUCCCAGCGGAGUCCUCGAACCCUUGCCCUGCCCGCAUCACCGUCGUCCUGCCAGCCCAACAACACCUGCAUUGUCACCGUCCUCAUUACCUUCACCCGCGAGUAUCCUCAUGGCGCAGCCAAAUCUUGAAAUCCCGUGCUACGCAUCGUCGCCGUUCAACGACUCGGAUGGAGACCUCAUCCUGCGAUCAAGCGACGGCGUCGACUUCCGCGUCUUCGGAGUCAUCCUACGCCUUGCAUCCCCCUUUUUCGCUUCGAUGCUCGAGGUCGGUCGGGCGUCGCAUGCCGCGGCGGACGUGUCUCACCCAGGCGGCGACGUUGUUCGAGAUGGAUGCCCGGUCGUACCAGUCCAGGAGGACAGCAACACGUUGGACCUUCUUCUCCGCAUCGUAUAUCCAGUGAAGGAUCCUGUCCUCGACGAUCUCGCAAGGCUUCAGUCUGUCGUGGCUGCAGCCUUGAAGUAUGACAUGGAGGAGGCAAUCGCGUUAAGUAGCAUGACCCUACUCUCCUUCGCGCCGCAGAAGGCAUUCAGCGUCUGGGCCAUUGCCGUUCGUAACAGGCUCGAAGUGGAGGCACGGGCUGCCGCAGACGAGAUCAACCGUCAACAAAUCUCAGUGCUGGAGAACUUCCCGCCUGCGAUGCAGGAGGUCAACGCUGGGUCGUACUAUCGCCUUCUCCAGUAUCUGAGUCUGAAAGGGCAAGUUGGCGAGAACUUUGAGUUCUGCUGCCCUCCUAUCAUUCAGGCCAAUUCCAGACUCGCUGCGCCAUCGUCUAAUGCGUCCCCGGCGUCUAAUGAAAAGGUCCUACUAUACUUGCAAGGAUUGGCCGUCGAGGCUCGUCAGGAACGCAUCCGCCGCUCCGAGUCGCUUUCGGAUGUCAUAUGCCGCUCCUCGGAUGGGCAGGAAUUCCUCGCUGUCAAGGCGUUCCUCGCAUUUGCGUCUCCUGUCAUCGCUGCGAUGGUCACAGACACAGUCAUACCUCGUACAAGGGACGCUGGCGAUGAAUCUGUGGCAUCGAACGCCAAUACAGACUUGACGUUCGAGGAAGACGGCGAUACGUUGAGGGCCCUCAUCGACCUAUGCUACCCCGACGCCGGCGAUGACGCGCAGGAAUACCUGACGUUGCCAGGCAUUCAUGACGCUGUGGAAAAAUAUGGGAUGAAGAAUGCGAGAGAGAUUCUGCAACGCGAGUGGUCGCAGCUGAUGCCAUCGGACCCGCUGCGAGCGUACUUGCUUGCAGCGCGUCACAAGCGCUCCGCGGAUGCGCUCAAGGCGGCAGAGCGGUUACUCGACCGAUCCAUGGAAGAGUACCAUGUUCCCGCAAUGGAAAGCUCACCGGCAUCUACAUAUCGCAACGCCCUUUUGUAUCAUCGGGCGUGCAAGGAUGCUGCUUGCGAUGUAGCACGGCUGGUACGUUCAAAGGCUGGCCCGGGAGGUGGCAGCGAAGGAGACUUCGUUGUUCCACGCUCUUCUACCCAGUGUAUUGGCGUUCAAGUCUACGGCAAUAAAGGCCGUUCCUGCCUGGGGUCCGCAAAUUAUCUUGUCAAUCCAGAUAUUAGGAACCGCUGCUGCAUCCCCUGUACCCUGCUAGGAACCGGUAUCGCUCACGCUUGCGAGCGUCUGGAGUCACCAUCAGCCGAGUUAUUCACUGCGAUGGAUUGGCUGAGGAAUCCGUCGCUGGCGAGCAACCCGGUCUGGCCUUCGUCCUCAUACAAGCAGGACCACCUCGCAAUGCGGCGGCUGUACAAGGCCAUGUAUGACGAAGUCAUCCUCAAGGUAAACCAGGCGUCUACGCAAUACAUAGUCAUACAGCCCGAGGCGUAGAGAACGAAGAACAUGGCACUGUGGUAACACCUGCUAACUCCUGUGACGGUCGCCUCAUGUCCCCCAACGUCCCCGACAAUCUUACAAUUUUUGUUCUCGAUUGACCACAAUGCUGUACAUAUGGCCUGUCUCUAGCACCCAGAGUGGGCGUUUCUCUGAUGACC